AUGGGCUUCCGAUUGGGUAACCUCAGGGAACUGUACGCAAGUCCGUUCACUGGAGGGGUAACAACAAGAACUGCAACUUUAGGAGGCUUUCCGGACGAUUCUCAAAUACAUCAAGUUGCAUUCUCUUCAGCCAGUACAACUUCCUUAAAUUCAUAUGGUUACUCCCCUUAUCCAUUGACUCAAUACCUUCAAUGGGCCAAGGAAUUGAUAUCCAAAGAUCCCAGCUCUAUCAAGCCUAUUAUCAUUAGUAUCACGUUUGACCCACCUGGAGUGAAUGGGGACGAAACCCAAAGAUCUCUAGACCUAUUACUUCAGUCAAUCCAGGCGCUUCGUCAGGAGCUUGGUGAUAUAUGCACAGAUACAAAUGAUCCGGUUCGAAUCGCUGUCGAAAUCAAUACUUCUUGCCCCAAUAUAAUCGACGAACCACCUCCAGCGUACGAGCCCGCUGCGAUGCGCCCAUUGCUGGCGGUCAUCGCUCGGUAUGUCACAAAUGAUCCAUCCCUCGUAGUUGGGCUCAAGCUCCCACCAUACAUUCAUUCUAAACAAUUUACCGACCUUAUUGAAGAACUCGCGAGGCAUUCUCCUUCCGACGGGCUACACCCUAUUGCAUUCCUCACAUGCACUAAUACGCUGGGAUCUAGUGUUUUAUUCCAAGAUCAAAUAAUUCCAUCCAGUUUUGGGAAGCCAUCUGAAGAUUUUGAUUUCGCUGUGCCCACAGUAUAUGGUGGCCUUGCGGGCGAUGCGAUUCACCCCUUAUCUUUAGGCAACGUUCAUCGGUUCUCCAGUCUGUUGAAGGCGCAUUCGGAUAUCAAGCUUCGAAAUAUUGCUGUCAUUGGAGUAGGGGGUGUUACGAGUAACGAAGCGGCCUUGCGCAUGAUUAGAGCGGGUGCGACACUAGUUGAAUGCGCUACAAUAAUAGGGGCUAAGGGUGUGGGGGUAUUCGAGGAAUUGUCCAAAGGUUUCUAG